GCCAGAGGAAAUCGAGUUCUCAAAGUUGUUGAAAGGACUUUAGGUAAUCUCUACACUGGUUCUCUUAGCGUGCGUCUGUUGCUGUAUCUUGUUCGUUCACCUGGCAUCGAGCCCCGAGAUUCUGGGAUGGACGGGCCUGAGUUUGCCAAGGAGAUCAAACCGUUGCCAAUAAGACACGGCUUGGUCCAUGGAGAGGUCGCGGAAGAGGCAGUGGUGGCCAUCGGGGUUGAAGACGAGACUGAAGAUAUCUGCAAGAGAGGGCCUCGCUCUUAG